UCAAAAAGCAUUAUGAAAGUACCAAUUUGUAUCAUUUUAGCAAUAUUGACUAAUGCAAAAAGUGAUAUCGCUUCAAAUGAAGUCAUCAAAUAUAAAUUAUACAAAGUUUUAGAUUUUAUCGAAGAAAGAUAUGAGGAAUUUCAUUUUGAUGGCCUAUUCGGUGUGACUUUUGCACAUGCAUUUUUACUAAAAUCUCUCAAACUGCGUACAGAGAGCACAGAAAAAUUAGAUAUAACUGAUUUAAUGACUAAAUGUAGUGCAAUAGAAAACAGAAUAUACCCCUUGCUGCCCGACCAUCCAAAGUAUAUGAUAAGUUUUCGCAACAAUCUUUUAGACGUCCAAAAGUGGAACGAAAUUUUACCAGACGAUUUUGCAUUCGGCCAGAUCAAAUAUCUGGGAUACUACAAGAACUGGACUGCCGACACGAUAAUCCAAUACAAGAGGGCUACCUACAAAGGCGUAAAGUCAGACGUUUGUCUACGUGAAAUUUUAGAACAGUCUGAACCUAAUCGACGAUGUUACGUCAGUUCUAUAUGUGAGGAAAUGAUGUGGGAUACACGUCGAGUCGAUACGGGAUAUCUGUUAACGCACAGAUUAUUGUACAUGCAAAUAAUAAGAUUACAUGAUUGUAUACCUCCGAAAAAGUAUGGAGACAUGUCUGAGUUUUCGAGAAUUUAUUGUUCGUACAUUUAUAAGGAAGCUAAAACAAGCGAAAGGCUGAACUUUCCGCAUUACGAUAUAUUCUUGGAACAAGUCGUAUUAUGUGGAAUGGAAGGGUACGCUGAAUUUUUGAACCACAAAUGGCUGAAACGUAUAAUAGAGUGGCAAAACCCCCACGGUUGUUACGAGAGCGUCAAACAAAGCGUAACGAGAAGGACUAGCUUCCAGGUAGAUUACGGUUGUUCGGACCACACCACCGGACUUGGAGCCGCAGCUUUAGCAUUAUAUUUGAGAUACGAGUAUUUCCUAAAGAGUGUUUCCUUGUAUGAAUUAUUUGUAUGAGUGUUUAUUAAAAAAUAAUAUAAAUAUAUGUAGU